AUGGUAAAAUUGACAUCCGCGAUCGCCUUUUGGGCAAGCCUCGUCUCUGCUGCUCCGAAAUGCAAUACAUCUCGAUACACGACAGUCAACACAUCCAACGGGCCCAUCACUGGACAUCUGGCCGACAACUCAGCAUGUGUCGUGGAAUACCUCGGCAUCCCGUAUGCAAAACCCCCGGUUGACAAGUUGAGAUUCGCCCCUCCACAACGCAUCACCUCGAAGAAGCCCUUCAAGGCUGAGAAAUAUGGCUUUGAUUGCCCAUUAUCGCCUAGCAAGAAGGUUGACUAUCCUGAUAUGACACCCCAGGCCCAACAGAUCAUUUCCUACUUUGCCAGCGCUGCGGGAACUCCCCAGAGUGAAGAUUGUUUGACUCUUAAUAUUUGGUCGAAAGCGACGGGCAACUCUGCAAAGGCGAACAAACCAGUGCUGGUGUUCUUCUACGGUGGCCGAUUUGCUAUUGGAAACACCAACAGCCCUUUCUACACUGGCAAAUACUUUGCUGAUGCUGAGGAUAUCGUGGUUAUUACUGUCAACUACCGUAUCAACAUCUUUGGCUUUCCCGGUGCUCCUGGUGAAACGCAAAAUCUCGGUCUGCACGAUCAAAGAGCUGCUGUCGAAUGGGUGCGCGAUAAUAUUCGGAAGUUUGGCGGUAACCCUUCCAAGAUCACCAUAGCCGGCCAGUCCUCUGGGGGCGUCGCUGUCGACUACUGGACUUAUUCUUAUCGGAAGGACCCCAUCGUGAAUGGUCUCAUUGCUCCAUCUGGAAAUGCAUUUAGCUUUCCCGUCAAUACUGCCGAGGUUCAAGAGAAGAACUGGAAUUCGGUAGUCUCUACUGUUGGCUGCGAUGCGACCACUGAUGUAAUGAGUUGCAUGCGGGAGGUUGACUGGGAGGACAUUAAAAAAGCAGCUGCAGGUAUUAGACCUGCUUCGAGUUCCAGCGUUCUUCGUUCUAUCCCCCCAUUCUACCCCAAGCCUGAUGGAGAGAUUGUCUUCUCCGACUAUGUGAGCCGAACUAAAGCUGGAGACUUUGCUAAAGUUCCUGUGCUCUUCGGCCACAAUGACGAUGAAGAUGGUUACUACCGAGUCCCAGCCUACGGUAACGGAGUCACACCUACCGAUACUCAAGUCAAGUCCUUCCUUCUAGAGUCUUUCACCUGCCCUGUAUCCUACCAAGCUCAGGCACGAAAGGAUCAAGGCGUACCAUCAUGGGCAUACCGAUACAUGGCAGACUGGAACAACACACGCCUAUACCCGACAAGCGGCGCUUACCACGGCGUGGACCUUCACAUGAUCUUUGGUGCAUCUGAGGAUGUCAGCGGAAUCGCGCCAUCAGAGGAUCAGAAGAAGCUUACCAAGACAAUGCAGCACGCAUGGUUCUCUUUCAGUAACAACCCUUCAUCUGGUCUAUCGAAGCUUGGUUGGCCCAAGUUUGAUCCGAAGCGAAAGACACUGAUUGAGUUGGGCAAGGGUACUAAGGCACAGAUCGACUUUGUUAAGCCAUCAGUCUACGAUGCGCCUUGCUCAACAGUUACAAUGGGGGCACUUUCGUCUUCCUCUUAG